AUGUUGUUAUACCUUGUGUUUUUAUUGAGCUUAUAUUUCUCAACUGUUAAUUCAGCUGGAAAGUUUGAGACUGUGUACAAGUGGUAUUGGGUUGACUACUUAUGGGAGAGUGAAACACAAAGAAUAGGGUCUAUUAUAACCGGUGAAUAUAAUUAUACGAAACCAGUUAUUAUUGAUGUUGACGUUUGGAAAGGUAAAAAAGUAUUCGUUACGGUAAUAAAAACUGAUGGAGUACCGGCAAGUUUGACAACAAUUUCAAAUAAAAAUGGACACGGUGGUCCUCUUUUGAAACCUUAUCCUAAUUGGAAUUGGGCAAGAAAAGGAGAUUGUAAUUCAAUUACAAGUGUUUUUCGCGUUGCCAUAGAUGAAUGUGAUCGUUUGUGGGUAUUGGAUACAGGAAAAAUUAAUGAAGAGCAUGUUUGUCCAGCGCAAUUACUAGCGUUUGAUCUUAAAUCAGACCAUCUUAUAAAAAGAGCUAGAAUUCCUCAUAAGAUAGCUACAAAUAUAAUUACGAAAAAAGGUUUAUUGGUAACGCCGGUCGUGGAAACUGAAGGAGUUUACUGUUCUAAAACAUUUGUCUACAUAGCAGAUGUAACUGGCAAUGCCUUAAUAAUUUACAAUGGAACAAAUUUUUGGCGUUUAGAGUCGCCGAUUUUCGAACCUCAAGAAACAGCGGCCAGUGUUACGAUUGCGAAUGAAACAUUUUAUUUAGACGACGGAAUUUUGGGAAUGGCAUUGAGCCCAAAGUUUAAUAAAAAUUCACGAAAUUUAAUGUUUCGGCCAUUGGCAUCUUUUGAUAUGAUUUCUGUUGAGACAUCUAGUCUACAAAAAUCGUAUGCCAAUGAACCGAUACGUUACACGGUUAUAUCGAGAGCAUUACCAAGUCAAGCAGCUGCCAUGGCUUUCUCUAAGGCCGGAACACUUUUUUUUGGACUCCCUCAUGAUCUCGCAAUGGCUUGUUGGAAUAUUAAUAAACCUCUUACUAAAGAUAAUAUCGUAGUAAUUGAUAAAGACCAUCAUGAUUAUCAAUUUGUGAGUGGGGUCAAAGUAAUACCUCCAUACAUUACAUCAAGAUCUGAAGAGCUGUGGAUUGCAACGAAUAGAUACCAAAAAAUAGCUUUAGAAACACAAAAUUUUAGUGAAAUUAAUUUUAGAAUUAUGAAAAGUCCUGUUGAUAAUUUAAUUAAAGGAACAAACUCUGGUUUUGAAAUUACAAUGAUUAAUAAAAGUGAAGGUGAUGAAAGUUUACCUAAUUGGGGUGAUUCCUUUUUUGAUUACCAUGAUUUUUCGUGGAAACGAAGUCCCUUUUCUCAGUACAAUUUUCAUGGUUACAAUGAGAUUCGUAUCACAAAUGUCGUACCGCUAUUGAUGUCAAUGACAUUACUUGGUCUUAGAGAAUUUAAUGCUCAAAAUGUUCAAAAUUUUCCGAGUCAUCAAGAUCUUGAGUUCCCGCUUUCUUUCAAUAAUAAUAAUCCAGAUACAAUGUACAAAGUGGCUACUUCAAGUUCUUUAAAUGCUGAUAUAUUAAAUUCAAUGCGAUUCGGCCGUUUAGUUGAAACAUUUCGUACUUCAACUGAAAAUCAAUUUACAACGGAAUCUAUUUUUGGUAUUAAUGAUAUAAAUGUACCGAAUAGAGAUAUUGAACCACCUUUGCAAAAUUUUCCAGAAGAACCGAUUCCUGGUGCAGCUAUGGAACUGAUUUACGCAUGGAAAACAAUAGACUAUGAGUUUGCCAGUGAUGUGGCACGUGAACAAGCAUUAUUAGAGAAGUCAUUUAUUCCAGAAAAUAAUAUGCCUUUAGGUAUUGAAUUUUGGCAGGAUAAAGUAUUUAUAACACUUCCGAAAUGGAGGCCAGGAGUUCCAGCGACACUGACUACAGUACCAAGAUACACGACUACAAAAAGUCCGAAACUUCGACCUUAUCCUAGUUGGGGAUGGCAUUAUCAAGGUUCUUGUGGUGGUAUGACAUCGGUCUUUCGAAUUCAAGUAGAUGAAUGUGAUCGACUUUGGGUUUUAGACUCAGGGUCAGUAAAUUUAUCAGAAACACCUAAAAAAGUUUGUCCACCGGCCAUUUUUAUUUUUGAUUUAAAAACAGACAGACUACUUAAAAGAUAUCAAAUACCCGAUGAUCAAGUCAAAGAAGAUUCACUUUGGUCAAAUAUUGUUGUAGAUAUUCGUAACGGUGAUUGUAAUUCCGCAAGAGCUUAUCUUUCAGACGUAUGGCGUUUUGCAAUAAUAAUAUACGACUUAUCAAAAGAUACAUCGUUUAGAAUCCAACAUCAUUUCUUCUUUCCCAACCCUUUUGCAUCAAAGUACGAAUUACACGGUAUUCGUUUUCAAUGGAUGGACGGAAUUCUCGGACUAGCGUUAAGUCCAGUAGACGUUAACAAUGACAGGAUUCUUUAUUUCCAUCCAAUGUCUAGUUUUAGUGAAUUCGCAGUAUCAACUGCAGUGUUAGUCGAUCAAGAAACAGCGGAAUCAAAUCCUGACAGCUUUGCACCUGUUGGCGAAAAAAGAGCCAAAGAUUUCGGUCACUCUUCAGGGUCAGCAAUAGAUAAAAACGGGGUUAUGUUUUUCAAUAUGGUCACCAGAGAUUCCGUAUGGUGUUGGGAUACAAGAAAAGAAUAUUUGCCUCAUAAUUUGGGGUUAGUUGGAGUCAGUAAUGAAACUCUGGUAUUUCCAAAUGACAUAAGAAUUGAUAAUGAAGAAAGACAAAGUUUUUGGACCAUUUCAAAUAGGCUGCCAAUGUUUUUGUACGGCCCAUGGAAUCCAAAUGAUGUUAAUUUUAGAGUGUACAGAGCUUUUGUUGACGAAGCUGUCAAAGAUACUGUUUGUGAUCCUAAUUAUGUUGUACCAGCAAGUGAAAUAAAUUACGACCAAACUUGUUAA